AUAAAGCGUAGCUCAGCGUGCGGGACUCGGAUUCAGCGCGAGUUGCCACCGACGUUCGAAGGAGGGCGCGCACAGCACCUUUUCGCCUCAGCCGCGGAAGCACCAGCAAAGAACAACCACAGACUCGCGGGAAGCACGGUCAGAGGAAGCACUACACCAGCACCGUCGGCGCACACCAACACCACUUGCUUGGCCGUUGAGAGAGGAAAGUCGAUCGAAGCUCGAUUGCAUCCGGGCUUCUUCCUAAACCCCCAACAACUUGUGCGCGUUCGCAACUUCACCCGAAAGUCGUCACCACCCCCACCCGUUGAACUCGAGGCUCCGAAGUGAAGACAAACUUCUCCCCACCUGAAACCCACCGAAGAAAAAGUUCGUGACCGCAUAGCGUGCGACGCGCCCGACAAGAGACGGAGAGCAGCACGCGACGGGCCACUUUGGCACCGAGACCUCAGACGCCGUGGUAUCCGGUGAGCUCCGUGGGCCAGCUGCUAUGAGCCGAAGCCUGUUCUCCGCCCAAGCGCUGUGGAGCUGCGUUUGCUUGACAGUGCUCGUCGGUUCCCUGCUCGCCGACGCUGAGCUGGACUGCAGGAAGUACCCGUUUUACUACAAGUGCCGGGGUAUCAGUGCCAAGCGCUCAUAUGUACCAUACAGCAAGGCUGAGCCAGUGUCUCUGAAGGAGCUGUACAACGACGAAGACGAGCCCAAGAACAGGCAGAAAACGCCGGAGGCGGUGCUAGCCUGGAUCCGCGACAGGUACGGCGACGAGCUUCUCGACGCGUACGACCGGCGACAAUUGACCGAGGGCUCGUUCGAGAGGAAGCCCGUCUUCUGAAUAAAGCCCACCAUGCCCACCACCUCCUGCCCACACGUCUCGCGCCUGCUGGGAGAGCCAAGCGCACUCCGUAUCCAAGAAGACGCCCGCGGCGCUGUCGAGCUCGCCCGGUUAACCUUCGUCGUGGUUCUACGAACGCCGCUGCGCGGCGCCACCUGAGAAACUACGUGUCCAUGCGAUUUGCCCAAAUAAAGGCCCUCCGGGCCCCAUAGCUGCUACCAGUCCUAUA